AUGGACAUCAGAAAGUUUUUAGUUUUAAAAAGAAAGAAACCUAAGGGAGCAAGCAGUGACAGCGAUGAUUCCGUGGGUGACCUGACGAGACCUAGCACAUCCAAAGAACCGGACUUAGUUCCCGACUCUUCGAUAAAUGACUGCAACGAAAAUGACAUCGAUUUACAACUCAACAAAUACUCCCAGGGCAUUAUUGAAGAAAACCGAAAAAUUAUAACAUCUAUUAUUUCCUGUAUUACGUUUUGCGGGUCGCACGACUUAGCUCUGAGAGGAAAACAUUAUGGCGAAGGUAUUCUCGAGGACUUAUACAAGCUACGAAUUGACGCGGGAGAUUUAGUUUUGAAGAAACACUUUGAACAUGGGAAAAAGAAUGCAAGCUAUCGAUCGAUUGAUAUUCAAAAUGAAAUUAUCGCAAUUUGUGGAGAUGUUAUUAAGGCACACAUUGUGAAAAAAGUAAAAGAAGCAGAAGCUUAUAGUGUGUUAGCAGACGAAACAACUGAUAUUUCCGGUACUGAACAAUUAUCGAUUGGGCUGCGAUAUUUUGACGAGGAAGCCAAUGAGGUCCAAGAAAUGUUCGUCGGAUUUGUUGAGCUGAAAGGUCUGGAUGCGAAAUCUAUUGCAUAUUGCAUCGAUGAGUUUCUAACAAAAGAAGACCUUAAUCCUGCUGAUAAAUGCCUUGGUUUUGGAUUUGACGGUUGUUCGACGAUGUCCGGAAAAGACGGUGGAGUACAAGCGAUCCUGCGCAAAAAAUAUACCAAAGCAUUGUUCUUUCAUUGCUCGUCCCAUAAACUGAAUCUGGUAAUAAAUGAUCUCAAUAUUCUUCCUGAAAUUCGAAACACCAUGGGAACCACUAAAGAUAUUAUUAAUUUUUUUCGGGAAUCUGUUUUGAGAAGAAAAUUGGUACCUAAUAUUGCCAGGCUCUGCGAAACAAGAUGGAGUGAGAAACAUAAAACUAUCAGAGUAUUUAAGGAGAAUUUUCCUGUUAUAUUGGAAGCCUUAGAAAACUUAUCGCCUAAAUACUCUGCUUUGUUGAAACCUGUUGUCAACGCACUCCAAUCCAUAACUUUGGAUGUGGUUAAGGCCUCGCAACACGUCAAAUGCAUUUUGCAAUUGCUUAAGAGCCACCGUGAUAAUCCCGAAAGAGUCACAGAUGAAAUUAUAAAGGAUGCUACUAUUGUUGCAGAGAAAGUCGGCCUGGAGGAGGAUAUCACUUCAAUGCCGCGCAUUGUUGGGAAACAACGUCAUCGAAGCAAUCACCCAGCAGAAAGCCCUUCAGAAUUCACGAAAAGAUCAUUAAUAAUACCAUACUUGGACUCCGUCAUUACAUCGCUUGACACGCUUUGCUGA